AUGGGCCGAGAUGGAUGCGAAGAUCACGACAUUUCGAGAUCUCUGCAGGAGGCGCGGCUUACGUCCUUCACCACCCCCCUCAACUGCCAGGGCGCAGCUCAUUACCCAGAGGAGGACCGACUCAUCAACAUUCACAUGUGCUGGGGUCAGACCUUGGAAGCGGGAAGCGCUCAGGCAUUCUCGUCCUCCGCGAGGACCCUGGAGCUAUCUUACUUUGGCAGAAAUUACGAUGUACAAGCCUAUGAGAGUCCAAGGCGUCACCAUUGCAGUGUAGACCUCGAAACCCUGAAUUCGCCACCGGCUUGA